GCGGGGUCUGGGACCGAGGGCCCUCAGCGGCGUGUAAUGGUAGUGAGGAUCACCAGCCCCUUCGCCUGGCUCCGCACCCGCUUCUACUACCUGCUCAUCCGCCUCUACUUCGACCAGGAAUUCAGCAUCGAGGAGUUCACGCGGGGAGCCAAGCAGGCCUUUUCUGUUGUUUCAAAGCUGCUGUCUCAGCGUAAACUUGACCUGCUGGAAGAACUUGUAUCAGCAGAGGUACUUCAGGUGCUGAAGGAAAAGAUUUCUUUGCUCCCUGACAGCCACAGGGAUGCUUUAGCAGCUGACAUUGAUGCAAUCAUGUACACAACAGAAGGAGAUGUUCGCAUUUACUAUGAUGAUGAUGGAAGAAAGUUUGUUAGCAUCCUGAUGUGCUUCUGGUAUCUGAAUGGUGCUAAUCUACCUGAUGAAGUACCAGGUGAAGCCAAAGUCUUCCAGAUUGUGUUUGGAGAUGAAAACAAAAAAGAAAAGAAACAUCUUUUAACAGCAAACUAUGAGUUCCAAAGGGAGUUUACAGAAGGAGCAAAACCAGACUGGACUAUUACACGGAUUGAACAUCCAAGGCUAUUAGAAUAAAUGCCUUCUGCGGCCUUUUUAUGUACCACUGUAAUUGUUUUGAUUUAACUAAUACCAGGCUUUUUGGGGUCUUUUUUCCCCUUCCUCCCCUUUCCUCCAAAAGUUGGAUGAAUUUUCUAUGUAGGAUUUCCAAAAAUUUUUUCUGGAGUUUGCACCGUGCUGCAGCGUUACAGCAAAGCCUUUUCCCUGGAACAGGCUGGUAGAAAUUUAAUUGGUUCCAGUGUUCAUCCAAGGCAUUUAGACAGCACAGUUUCAUUCAGGCAGGUGUAAUGGCU